AUGGCCGACCAACAGCCUCAAAGUUCUGAUUCGACUCCACUACCCCAACAGCCUGCUGCUCCAACUCCCAUUUCUCUCCCAACACAUAACUCGGGCCCUUCUCCUGUGCCUCUCCUCCGACCCGCCAUUCCUGGCGCCAGAAGUGGUGGAGCCCGUACACCCAGACUUGGCCUCGCUAUCCCACCGUCACCCAAUGCCAAAGCUGUAGGCAAUCAAGGAGCAGCCGCGGCUGCACCUUCAAGGCCCCCUUUGCCGACACUACAUCUAGCUACCCCUCUGGGUAGUCAAGUCACACCCCAUGAACAAUUACCACGAUCCCAAUGUGCAACCCAAGCAUCGGCAGGUGGCGGUAGUGAAAGUAGCGCGGCUCACUCAAGGUCUGGCAGUUUCGGCCCUCUAGAUGGACGGGCAAGCAAUCCCACUUCUGCAGGAUCUCAAUAUUCCGCUUUGUCCUUUGCUUCGCAGUAUGGUAUAGGUGUAUCAAGGCCUCAAGGUACUCCGGAUCCGGUAUCUGCUGUGGGAUCUAUGUACUCCGAGAGAAGCGAGGGUGGGGUAUCCAUGGAGCGAGAUGGAAGUCUUCAAGGUUUGGAGGCAUUCGACAAACUAAGCCUUGAGAAGGCCAGGACUCUGGACGUUGAUGAACUUGACGAAGAGGGUUGGAGAAUCGCAAGUUUGGAGAAGAGAAUUGUCGAGAUUGGAAAUCUAGGUGAAGGCGCUGGAGGUGCUGUCACAAGAUGCAAGCUCAAGGGUGGUAACACUGUUUUUGCCCUCAAGGUCAUCACUACGAAUCCGGACCCCGACGUCAAGAAGCAGAUUCUCAGAGAGCUGGGAUUCAACAAAGAGUGCGCUUCAGACCACAUAUGCAAGUACUAUGGAGCCUUUGUCGACCCGGCUACGGCCACAAUCUCAAUUGCAAUGGAGUUUUGUGAAGGCGGUUCGCUUGAUAGCAUUUAUAAGGAGGUCAAGCGUUUGGGGGGCAGAACAGGAGAGAAGGUUUUAGGAAAGAUUGCUGAGGGUGUUCUGGGCGGCCUGACGUACCUGCAUACUCGCCGCAUCAUUCACCGUGACAUCAAACCUUCGAACAUCCUGCUCUGCCGAGAUGGUGCCGUGAAACUUUGCGAUUUUGGCGUCUCUGGCGAUUUUGGUACUAAGGGAGAGGCCAAUACUUUUAUCGGCACCAGCUAUUAUAUGGCACCUGAGCGUAUCACCGGCCAGUCCUAUACUAUUACUUCGGAUGUUUGGUCAACCGGAGUUACCCUUCUCGAGGUUGCGCAGCAUCGUUUCCCGUUCCCCGCAGACGGCACAGAAAUGCAACCGCGGGCUGGUCUUAUAGAUUUACUCACAUACAUCGUAAGACAGAACGUGCCCAAACUGAAGGACGAACCUGAAAUGGAUGUGUAUUGGAGUGACAACUUCAAAUAUUUUAUCGAGUGCUGUUUGGAAAAACAACCCAACAGACGAGCCAGUCCUUGGAAGAUGAUGGAGCACCCAUGGAUGGUUGAAAUGCGCUCCAAGCGUGUCAACAUGAAAGAUAUACAACGAGCUCAAGCUUCGGAGCAGCAAAUUGUUAAAGCAGCCCAAACAGCACAGGAUGUCAAAUGGAAGAAGAUCAAGACGGCACAAGUUCUCGCAAAAGCAGAAGAAUUGGUGAACCCGGCCUCGGAAGAAGCAAAUGGGAGAAAUGCCCAUGCAGCAUUAACGCUUCACAAAGACCAUGAAUGA